AUGAAGAAGCAGAUGUUAGUGGAUGCGGGCAUACCGUUUCUUCCAGAAGAAAUCGUCGCAAACAUUCUCAAACGAAUCCCUGUCAAAUCGCUAGUCAGAUGCCAAUGUGUCUGUAAACACUGGGAAAAUCUCUUAAAAUCUCCAUCUUUCCUUGCAGACCGCCUCUACCAUCGCCAUCAUGAUGAUACCCCUUCUCUUCUCAUACAAUUGAAUCACAGAGCUGAUUCUUUGAAGUUAUGUCUUGUCGAUGAAAAGAAGCGAGUCCGUGAAUUUCAGAACCCACCUUUGAUCGAUUCGUUGCGAGGUGCUAACGUAAUCGGCUCUAGUAAUGGCUUGCUUUGUGUUGAAUUCGAUGAAUUUGGUAUGUCCCCUCUUUCCCUCUUGUUGUGGAAUCCAGCUACUGGAUAUGUGAGAAAGAUACCUAGAACUAUCAACGAUUUUAAGGGUAACUGCAUUUUAGGAUUUGGGCACUGUCAAAUUAUUAAUCGUUAUAAGAUUGUGAGAGUUUAUGAAUUUGGUCUCGAGGUUAAUAGAGUGGAAGUGUAUUCCUUAGGCACAGAUUCAUGGAAGGAAGUAGAAUUUGAGAACUUGAGGGGUAUAAGACUGUUUCAUGAAACUAUCACUGUUAAUGGUACUAUGUUUUGGCAUGGGUCAGAAAAUUUGAUAGUGUCAUUUGACAUAGCAAAAGAAGAGUUUAGAUUGAUACCAAUGCCUGUGAUAUACCCUCAAGCACUUACUGUGCUUACCGUUUAUGAGAACAAACUUGCUAUGUUUUCUACCAAUGCCACUCUAUUGCGGAUGAAGAAGGACCCUAUAUUGUGGGUGAUGAAGGAGGGCACAGGUGCAUCUCAGGAGAGACGGAGUUGGACCAAGAAAUAUUGGUUCCAUUCAUACCCAGGUUCAGAAAAGGUUUGGGGGGAUGGCAUUAUCUACUACUUUAAUAUUGAAAUUGUCCCUAGACUCCGAAGGUUUGUUGGAUUUGAACUCAAUGAAACUCAACAUGAAGUGGAGGAUGGUGGAUUAUUAGAGAUUAUGUUGAUGUCCACUGUGAAAAAUAACGGAAUUGCUACCUGCAAAUGUGGCCGUGGUCGUCAUAUUUUCAAUCAUGUGGAAAGUCUUGCACCAGUUGACAGCACCCACGUUGAAAAACCAACGUCCUAA